AUGUUCCCGACUGCCGCGCGCCGGGCCUUCGCGCCCCGCCUCCAGUUCGCCGUCUCCGACUCGAUCCCUCGCUCCUACUAUCUCGGUCAUCACCACGCCGCGCUGCGCGAGAUCUCCGCGCGUCUCUCUGAUGUUGGACUGGUCCUCGAGUGCCGCGACUACCGCGUACCCCUUACGAGCUGGAACCCCGUCCUCGACCGCGCUGUCGCCGGCCGUGAGCGCAUCGUCGUCUACACCCACCGCGACCUCGGCACGGACAGCCCCGCCGCCGUCGAGCACGCCCUGCGCCGCUUCCACCGUGGCCACUCUGCCGUCGGCGGCACUCCGCAGCGCGUCGUGUUUUGGCGCAAAGACGACCCGGCGAGCACGAAACAGCUCCUUUCCGAAAUCAGAAGCGUCGCGCACUCCGUCGACAGCCUGACGGGCAUGCGCGCGCUGGUCGUCGGCAUGCCCAACGUGGGAAAGAGCACAUUGCUGAAUAAGCUCCGUGUGCAUGGGAUGCACAAAAAGCCAAACGUCGCAAAGGUCGGCGCGCAGCCGGGCGUGACGCGCAAGCUGGGGUCGCCGGUGCGCAUCCUCGACUCCGAGGGAGACGGCGGGUUGGGGCUUGGCGAGGGCGUCUUCGUUCUCGACACGCCCGGUGUCUUCAUGCCCUACGUGUCUGAAGCCGAGGACAUGGUGAAGCUUGCGCUCGUGGGCUCCGUCAAGGACGACCGCAUCCCAAUGGAGAUUCUUGCCGACUACCUCCUGUAUCGUCUCAACCUCACCGACCCGAGCGCCUACGCCAAAUAUUCCGAACCAACCAACGAGGUUAACGAUCUGCUGCUUGGGGUUGCACGCAAGACGGGAAAGCUCAAGGCAGGCGGAGAGGCGAAUGCUGACAGCGCAGCAGACUGGAUCAUUAAACAAUGGAGGGCGGGGAACCUAGGCAAGUUCGUGCUCGAUGAUAUCAGCGAUGAGGCAUUCAAGAUAAAAGACCUCGCGAGGGAAGGCCAAGGCCCUCUCAGCAUGAAUCAAGCGCGAAGAAAAGAGAAGGAAGCAAGAAAAGAAAGAGCUCUUAACAAGAGCAAGGCGAUUUAG